AUGACGCAUGGACACCACUUAAUGGUUUCAGAUAUCAUCAUCUCUACAAGUUCAUCUCAACAUUGGAAUGUUGAAGCUGCAAGACCCUUACUAAAUGACGAACAAUUUCACCUAAUGCUCACUCUAUACCUUCCUCAGACAAGGACUGAUGAUCAUCUCGUCUGGCCAAAUAAUCCCUCUGGCAAUUACUCUGUCAAAAGUGGUUAUAAAAGAGAAAUGGUGGAACUUGGUAGCGCCUUACCAGACUUGCUUCCUCCUCGUGGUGAUGAUCCGAUGCUGAAACAGAAUAUUUGGACUCUUCCAAUUUUACCGAAACUGAAACAUUUUCUCUGGAGACUUCUAUCUUUGGAUUUGGGAACAAAUACAAAGUUAAAUACGAGAGGUAUGUGUGUGGAUAAUCUCUGUCCCCGCUGCUCUGGAUCACCUGAAAAAGUGAAUCAUCUUUUCUUCAUGUGUCCUCUUUCAAUUCAAACAUGGAGGUUGAAUCAAGUUACUUUAGGCUACUCUUCAACGUUUUCUGAUGAUUUAGAAAAUAAUAUGAGACAUCUGUUUGAUCUUCAAUCUUCUUCAACCCUAACGUUGGAACAGAAGCUCACACCGUUUUGGAUGCUUUGGAAAAUUUGGGAAUCAAGGAACAAUCUCAUUUUCAAAAACAAGUCAGACUCCUUCAUCCUCAACGUGAUGCAGGUUAUGUUACAGCUGAAGUUCGAGACUGGAUUGAGAAGGCUGAGAAGGAUUAAUUGCCCUCGCACUUCGGGAGUUUGUGUGCGACAACAUUUGUGGCGAUGGAUGCUUGAGGCCGAGAGUAAAGCUUAA